AUGGAGGGCACGAAUGGCGAGCCAGAGAAGGCUCGUAGGCCGGCUUUGCAGGUCAUCAUCCUGGGUGCCGGUGGUGGUCCUCAGGAAUCUAACACAACCGCCCUUCUUGUCCGCUCAGUCGCCUCCGGAUGGACCAAAGGGUCAACUAUCGCUGUCGAUGCUGGAGUCCACCUCUCCGCAAUAACGCGCAUACUCGAGCGGACGAUUCCCCCAGGUCUCGGCACUGACAUCGCCCUUCCCCACACUCUGGCCACCGGGCCAUUCGCCGGAUUAGAACUCACCCACGAAACGACAUCUAUUUAUCCAUCAUCUAUCGCCGCGCACAUCACACGAUCUCUCAUUGACACAUAUCUCAUCACGCACCCUCAUCUGGAUCACAUCGCCGGCUUCGUGGUUAACACAGCAGGAUUAACCCGCCCUAAGCGCUUGGCCGCCCUUCCUUCCACCAUUGCCGCUUUCAAAACUCACAUCUUUAACAAUGUCAUAUGGCCCAACCUGUCCGAUGAGAACAACGGAGCAGGUCUCGUAACAUAUACUCGUCUAGUUGAGGGCGGGUCUCCAGCCAUCGGCGACGGCGAAGCCAAGGGCUACCUCGAAGUAGCCGACCGUCUAGCAGUAAAGGCAUGGUCCGUUUCGCACGGUCAUUGCAUCGAGCGACACCCUCACCGCGGCUCAACAUCAUCAACAGCGACACCCCUUCGUUAUCCCUCCGUCGAUGCCGCCUCCGUCGCAUCCCCGCGCAUACUCCCUCAUGGCAUCCCUCCCAGUACAGCUCCCCCGAUCCCUCGCGCACCCUCUGUUGCACCUGAACCCCAAGCAAGCGUAUGCGUCUAUGAUUCCUCGGCCUACUUCAUCCUCGAUUUGGCCACAAAUCAUGAGAUCCUCGUCUUCGGUGACGUCGAACCCGACUCUCUCUCACUCUCCCCUCGUAACCUCCUAAUAUGGCAGGAAGCUGCACCCAAAAUUGCAGCAGGCCAGUUGGCCGCCAUCUUCAUCGAGUGUUCCUACGAUGACUCGCAGUCCGUCGACCGCCUCUUUGGCCACCUCAAGCCCUGCUUUGUGAUGGAGGAACUGCGAACUCUGGCCCAAGAAGUUGAGGUCGCACGGCAGGUAGCUCACCUCUCCCGCAAGCGCAAGCGCGUCGCCGACGCCGAUCACACACCUAGGCGGAGAACAGGUGGCGCCUUCUCGCGCCUGGCGGGAGGAGACGAGUCCCCCGUCAGCCCCAAGUCCAUUGCCAAGCGCGCGAUGUCGGCCGACAUUGCCCCCGUCCCGCCGCUCCCGCCUGCCGCGACGUCGAUAGAGAGCCCACAUCUCACUACCCCGACACAGGAGCUAUCGCUUAGAGAAGCCGAGGCCGCGAUGAGCGAGUCCGAGGACGGGCACCCCCGGGGGCCCCCUCUGAAAGGCGUCAAGAUCGUCAUCAUCCAUGUCAAGGAGCGCCUGGAUGGAGGAGAAGUUGGCGACGUGAUUCAGCAGGAGCUGGAGGCAUACGAAGAGGAGGCCCAGUUGGGUUGCGAAUUCAUCAUUUCGCAGCCGGGGCAAAGUCUGUAUCUGUAA